UCUAACUUGUAUUAUGAGGCCAAUAGAGAGAGCGUUCCAUGAAGAUCAACCAGCUAUGGUAUCAGAACUACAAGCUAAUUCUCUGAAGGACUCUGAAGCUCUUCUCCAAAAGACCCUUUGAGAAAUGACUGCGCCUGCGCGAACUAUCGAAACAGCUGUGCGAAAUGUUUACGCAAAAAGUGCCAUCCUUUGCUCCUGGCGCGGCAGUUGCUCAGUGCCACGCACCUGGUCUGGUUGGGUCAGUUUCUCGGGGUGACGCGACUCGAUUUUGAUUCGCCGGAAAAUCGAUACUAUUUUCCUUUUGGUUGGUGCAGUUAAACCGUGGUCGCCGCUGAAUGUAAAUAAAUGGCUUGGCUCUGUGAAUUGUUUCGGGCAAAAAACUCCAUUGGAUUUCCUUGGACUCGGUUAAAGUAAAAUAUUCCUUUAAAGGACUAUGGAAAAUGCAUAACUCGCUGGUGUCCAAAUUGCUGGUGCGUCUGCUGCUGCUAUUCGCCUUGGUGACCGCCGCCUCCAUUGUGGUGCUCACGAAAUGCGGUUUCGACGAGCUGACAGCGCGGGAAACGCAACCGAACAGCCCCAGCAGCGAGGCCAGCGGCUUCAGUUACGCCCUCAGCGAACGCGAGGCGGCCAUCGAACGUCUGAAGCAGGAGGUCCUUUCGCUGCGCACACAGAUCCUGUUCCUGCAGAGCAACAAUCGCAGCAGCAGCGCUUCCAAGCCACCAACCACAGGCAAUGGCAGCCUGCAACUGCAACUGCAACUGCAGGAGACCACCGUGUCUCCUUCCCCGCUGUCGCAUCACUACGACUGCAGCAGCUACAUCCGGAAGCAGGUUGGAGCCGCCGAAAUCCUGCACGGUCUGCCGCUGAACAACGAGUACGAGCUGAUUCCCUACAACCACUUUACCUUCACCCGAGUGUAUCCCAUUGACCUGGGUUUGGGCAAGCGGGUGGUGGAGAAACCGAUUGGCUAUCGGCGACGCGACCUCAUCGAGGCGGUGAAUAAAGCCCUGGAGAGCCUUAAUCGGAAUCACUCGGCCAGAAUACGGACAAAGGGUGGAGCGGUUCCUUCCGGAGAUCAAGGAGUCAUCAAGUACACACUGGAUGACUUCAUCGAGGGCAUCUAUCGCACAGAGCCCACCACGGGCACUCAGUAUGAGCUCUAUUUCCAGAGUGUCAAACAUCAGGCGAGUCCUGUGCGUCGGGCUCUGGUGAUGCGUCCCUUUGCUCCCCUGCAAACUGUACAACUAUCGGAGUUGUCCCUGAAUGGAGGGGAUUCCCCAGUGAUCCAUGUGAUACUGCCCUUGGCUGGACGCCUGCACAGCUUUCGCAGCUUCCUGCAAAUGUUAGCCAAGCUGGAGGAUCGUCGACUGGAGCUCAUAGUUGUGUACUUUGGAGUCACGGGACUGGAGCAGGCCAGGCGCAUGGCUAGAAGAUCAGAGAGGACACAGUUCUUGGCCCUCAAUGAGACUUUUAGCAGGGCCAAAGCCUUAAGACUGGGAGCGGAGCACAUAAAGCCAGCUGGUGAGGAUGUUCUGCUUUUUAUGUGCGAUGUGGACAUUAUGUUUACCACCAGAUUUCUGGAGCGAUGUCGCUGGAAUGCCUCGCCAGGCAAGAAGGUAUAUUACCCUGUGGUAUUUAGUCUGUAUAAUCCCCAUGUGGUUUAUACGCUGCAGGGCAAACCUUUGCCUGGCGAGGAAGAGCAGCUUGUGAUCUCAAGGGACACCGGCUUCUGGCGGGACUUUGGCUAUGGAAUGACAUGCCAGUAUCGUUCGAACUUCCUGCAGGUCCGAGGCUUUGACGAGGAGGAAAUUGUGGGCUGGGGCGGUGAGGAUGUGAUGCUCUAUCGCAAGUAUAUACGCUCCAAAAUCAAGAUUAUACGAGCCACCGAUCCGGGGAUCUUUCAUCGCUGGCAUACCAAAAUCUGUUCUAAUACACUAACUGCCGAUCAGUAUAGGGCCUGCAUACGUUCGCGAGCUCUGAAUGAGGCCUCGCAUGCGCAGCUUGGUUUCCUGGCCUUCCGGGAUGACAUAGCCGCUGCCAAUGCGGCCAAGUUGCAGUCGUGAUACUGGCACAUCCUUCAGGUUGGUUACUCCAACUAAGGUGGAUAUUUAAGUGUAAAGUGUGAGUGUGUAAAGCAAAGGCAGUGAUUUAUUAAAUAUAU